AUGCAUCUCACCGACCUUCCUGAGGAUCUAAUACUUGAGGUGUUUCUCUAUCUCGAGGUGGUUAAUUUAUUGAUCGUGAAACAGACGUGUCGCGUUCUGCACGCAAUAGGCUCCUCUGACUACCUCUGGCAUUGUGUGAUCAGACACAUAGGACUCCCUCUCAAUAUCCCUUCUGGUGUGCCUCACAUCACGUUAUCUCACGAGGAGCUGCAGAAGAUAGCCGUCAAAGCGAUACGGCUCGAAGCCAAUUGGCAGAAGACAACGCCGGUGCUGAAGCGGACUCAUGCUCUUGUCCGCGACACAAAUGAGCCGUAUGUAGACGAGAUGCAAUUCUUGCCAGGCGGAGAGUGGCUCUUGACCGCGCAGCGAAACCGUCAACCUCAAGCCCGUGGAAGUUCUCGCGUUGUUCUAUGGUCCUUGAAGGAUCUGAGCGAUGUUUACCGCGUCGCUGACAUUGAGGUAGUGGGCUUCUACAGGGACUGCACACUAGAAUACCAAGCGAGAGAAGAGUGUGUUACAUUGGCAGUCGGGUUCAAUGAUGGAAUGGACAAGAUUGACGUAUAUCGCAUCCCCCUACAGAACCGUGCGGACUUUUCGUUCAGUGUUCCUACUCUGCUACCCACAAGGACUAUCCCUGUGUUGUUUCAUCCUCGUAUUGCGGACGUUCCUCCUGUUAUACACCAAAUGGCUAUUUCGCAUGGUAUCGUCGCUAUUACCGUCGCUAUUCCGGGUGGGGAGUGCCCUCUGCAAGUUUAUCUUACUCAUGCCAAGUCAGGCAUGACUGGAUGGGUCGAUCCUGCACUUUUGGAGCCGUUCUCUAGUUUAUGGGUGCGCUUAUGCGAUGAUCACCUCUUACUGCUCGGGAAUAUGCGGUCUAGCCUUAUCCUUCGCAUUUAUCGUAUCUCGCGAGCCGCCCUCUUCAAAGUUCAGUACUCGCAAUGGUCCGCCCCACAGGAUGCCGAGCUGCACCGGGAUCACAUCGUUGACCUAGGAUCUAUAGUUGUAGAAUCCAUGCAACCCUUUAGACAGGAUGCGGAGUUUUACGACAUUGCUCGAGUCUCGACCCCAUCCUCAUCCUACUUAUCAGUCGUAAUUUGCUACGCAUUCCACGAUUCAUCAGCCGGGGUGGAGCAGGUGACUCGAUUCGCGCUUCCCUUCUCAUCCGAGAUUCAUGGCGAGGCAUGCACUACGAGAUUCUUUGCUCUGCCGCCCCAAGUUUCGGCGCAACUCGUACAAGUUGGUCCUACAGGACGAGCUGUGUGGCUGGAACACAAUUGGGAAACACAAACCAGGAGGGUCAUGCGAUAUCACCCGCAGUCCGGUAAUUCCGUAGGAUUGCUGUUACCAUCCGAUCCCGUGCUGCCAUUUACGCCAAACUUAUGUCAUUCCCUCGCCUUCGACGAGGUCACCGGACGUGUUUGUAUGGGUCUUUUCAACGGUGAUGUAUAUAUCUUGGACUUUGUCUAA